AUGAAGGCUACCAUGCUUGUUGCUAAUAAGCUCGAAAACAUUAAAGAGAUACCCUUUGGCUGCAGCUCUGUGGUUAUCCACAUCUUUGUCAAUGAGCACCGUUUUACUGUAGCUGUUGCAGCCAUAUUAGCAGCCUUUCAACUUCAGGACUUUUCCCUUGCUCAAAUGCUAUAUAUCAGGCGUGAAAAGACUCAAGCGAGCGCAGGCCUACAUGUUAUCCUCAUCGAGUCAGGACAAUCUGGUUCGAUGUCAUCAUACAAAGUCACGUUGUUUGAUCCGUUUAUUCAGGCUGCUGAAUCUAUGGAUCAUCUUGAAAUGGUGCCUUGUGAUUCUGGCUUGCCGAUAUUAUCUUACAUCAGAGCAAAACCGUAG